AUGAACUGGGCAUCAUAUAGGUGCGAAUAUCUCAGUCAUGGGACAUUCUACAACCCUUCAUUAUUCACAACCCAUUCACAAACCCCAACGGCUGUUCCUAAAGUCCGGGCCAUGGUCAUCGACUUCGGUGACGUCCUGUGCUCCUGGGUUAUCCCAAGCAAUUCAGUCCUUCCUAGUCCGACCCUUAAGUCGAUGAUGUCUUCGAAGCCUUGGUACGAUUAUGAGAGAGGAUUUUGCGACCGGGAUGUCUGCUUUGCAUUGCUGGCCGCGGAAUUCAACGUCGACGUAGAGGCAAUCUCAACCGCGAUGGACGAUAUCCGGCAGAGUCUGUCGGUUCAUCAACAUAUGCUGGCCUUGAUCCAACAGAUCAAGCAGUGUCACCCUCAUAUAAGGAUUUUUAGCAUGACAAAUACACCUAAAGAGGAGCGGGACGUUCUGAUUGCAAUCACGUCGCGUUCAUCCAUCUUUGACGGCGUCUACAUAUCAGGUGAAUUAGGGAUGCGGAAGCCAGAACUCGACUUCUAUCAAUACGUCCUGAGAGAUAUCGACCUGGCUGCGGAGCAAGUGGUCCUGAUUGACGAUAAGUGUAGGAAUGUUCGAGCAGCGGAAGCUUGUGGAAUGCACGGUGUGGUGUUCCACGACUACGACGCCCUGCGUCGGGAUCUCGAGGUGUUGCUGGGAUGA